GGCGGUGGGAAAGAUGGCGGCGGCUGUGAGACCCUCCUGGUGGCAGCGGUGGCGGCUGCGCGCGUGGGCUCGGGACGGGGCCAGGCUAUUGCUCCUUCUCCUUUUGUUGGGGUCUGUGCAGGGGCCGCGGCACGUCAGGGCGGGCCAAGCGGUGGAGUACUUGAAACGGGAGCACUCGCUGUCGAAGCCCUACCAGGGUGUGGGAACAAGCAGUUCUUCGCUGUGGAACCUGAUGGGCAAUGCCAUGGUGAUGACCCAGUAUAUCCGCCUCACUCCAGAUAUGCAAAGUAAACAGGGUGCCUUGUGGAAUCGGGUGCCAUGUUUCCUGAAAGACUGGGAACUGCAGGUGCACUUCAAGAUCCACGGACAAGGGAAGAAGAACCUGCACGGAGAUGGCUUGGCAAUCUGGUACACAAAGGAUCGAAUGCAGCCAGGGCCUGUGUUUGGAAACAUGGACAAAUUUGUGGGGCUGGGAGUGUUUGUAGACACCUAUCCCAAUGAGGAGAAGCAGCAAGAGCGGGUAUUCCCCUACAUCUCCGCCAUGGUGAACAACGGCUCCCUCAGCUAUGAUCAUGAGCGGGAUGGGCGGCCCACAGAGCUUGGGGGCUGCACAGCCAUUGUCCGCAAUCUCCGCUAUGACACCUUCCUCGUGAUUCGCUAUGUCAAGAGGCACCUGACGAUAAUGAUGGAUAUUGAUGGCAAACAUGAGUGGAGGGACUGCAUUGAGAUGCCUGGGGUCCGGCUCCCCCGGGGCUAUUACUUUGGCACUUCCUCCAUCACCGGGGAUCUCUCUGAUAAUCAUGAUGUCAUUUCCCUCAAGCUGUUUGAGCUGACUGGGGUGAGGACCCCAGAGGAAGAAAAACUACAUCGAGAUGUAUUCCUGCCCUCAGUGGACAAUCUGAAGCUGCCUGAGAUGACGGUACCACCAGCACCCCUGAGUGGCCUGGCCCUCUUUCUUAUCGUCUUUUUCUCGCUGGUGUUUUCUGUGUUUGCCAUUGUCAUUGGUAUCAUACUCUACAACAAAUGGCAGGACCAGAGUCGAAAACGCUUCUACUGAGCCUGCUGCCAUCAGCCCCUCUAUGAUGUUCACACAUGAGGUGUGGGUCUGAGCAUACAGCCUGGCAAGUCUGCUUGAGUUGCCAGUUGUUCAGGGACUGUGUUCCAUCACUGGGGCUUUGAAUGCAUGGACCUUGCAUUCUCAUGGUCAUCCACGGGAACAUCUCACUGGCCCCAGAUGCCACCCACAGGGCCGAGCAGCUGUGACGUGCCUUCCCUGCAGUCCUUAAACUUAGGAGUGAAGAGACAUGGAAAAAAUAUAUAUUGUGAUGCCUAAAUUACAAAAUCAGAUAGCUACCCUCGAUAGAUGGAUGCAGCAGGCCGUCUACUUCUCUUAAAUUUCCAAAUAGAAAACCAGAACUCAUACAACCUGGAAACCCACUUACUAGUUUUUGCUUCUGCCCAUGGCUCUUUCUACUUGAGCUUCUUGGCAAUCGGGAUGGAGACAUCUGCCACACUUGCACCUGCCUCUGUCUCCCUUCACUCAUCCUCCGUGUGUGCAUCCUGAGCUGGGAAAGAAGUUUGCUGCUCCCAUUAGGUGGCCCUAGGACUUUCUGUAUUAGCUCAUUGCUUCAGCCUCUGGUCUGCGCUGGUCUUCAGCCUUCCUGUCUGUCCCUGAAUCUUCAGCUUUCCUAAUUGGACCUCUCCAGGCCUUUGGAUCCUUUGGCUAAAAGUUGUUACAAAUGAAGUGAAGCUUAGACACUGUCACAGUCACAGAUGCACAGAUGCCGUGAGAUUAGCUGUGACAUCAUCCAGGCCCAGGUCUGCCACAGAAAGCUGCAUUCGUCUCCUCUGACCACGAGGAGGUGUUUCUGGACCCACUGGAGCCUGCUUAGCUGCAUGUUUUGUUUCUCAUGAUUCUUAGGAUCCUGCUUGCAGGAUUUGAAGUGGAAAGCAGCUUCUUAUUCCCUGGACUUAGACAUGACCUCAAGAGGAGAUUUGGCUUCUUAAUGAGGAACAACAGUUGCUGAUUUCAUGUAACAAAUCUCUGAGAGCAAAAGACCUUCGUUCUCUGUCUGGCAAAGUCCUGAUCAUUGAGCAGCACAGCUUUAGUGUGGUCCUAUGUGUGUGUCACCCCUAUUACACUGCCUUAUUCUACAAAUGUCACAUGCUGCUCAUCUAUCUGCCCUGUGAUUAAAUUGUUUACAGGCUAGUCUCCCUGGAGGGCCUGAAACUGAGUUUUCUGGGUCUUUGAAGCCCAAGGAAAAUUCUUAAAGUGACUGAUGGAACCAAUCAUGAGUCCUGGCUCAGUGGCCUUCUUCUGGGGUAGGCUUAAUGGGGAGGUGCCAGCCUGUUUUCUGAGCCUCAGGUAUGUCAGCUCUUACCCUGUCCCUCCCUCCUGGGUGACUGGGAAAGCUCUCAUGCUCAUCCCUAGACUAGGAGGAGGGGUCACCCUGGCUGCAGAUGGGUGUUAUUUCUCUUUUCAGGCCUCUGUCUUUCCUGUGUGUUUAAGCAGGAUCCUAUGUUGCCCUUCUGCAAGAGAGGUGAAGUGCAGAGAGCCCCCUCCUAACAAUUUCCCACAGUAGCAGAAUAGCUUCAGGGGAGCUAGGGGAUGAACUGGGAUAUAGAGGUUGGCCUUAGUACCAGGAGAAUGUCAAGAAAUGUUAGUUUUGUCCAUUUUGAGUCCAAAGGGAAGGCAGAGAGGUGGGUGUGGUUGUGGACCUAAGUGGGCUUUUGAGAAGACUACCAGAGCAGUGGGAUUGAAGGAUUUUAUCACAGAGGAGUGAGAGACAGCGUGGGUUGGGUUUGUGUGAUUCCUGCUCAUGAGCACCUGGAUGCUUUGAAAGAAGGCCAGAGGACUGAUCUGUGGUCCCCACAUAGCCUGGGAACUAGUCUUUUCCCAUUUGAGAAAUGUAUAAGAAAACUACCUGUGCCGGGCAAUGGUGGUGCGCGCCUUUAAUCCUAGCACCCAGAAGGCAAAGGCAAGUGGAUCUCUGAGUUCAAGGCCAGCCUGGUCUACACAGCAAGUUCUAGGACAGCCGUGAGUACACAGAGAAACCCUGUUUCGGUAAACAAAAACAAACGAAGGGAGGGAGGGAGAGAAACCACCUGCUCAGCAUCAUACAUCCUGCCCCAGCUCUUGCUUAUUGUUGCAGAAACAAAUGAUUUCUGUGGUGAGUAAGGCUAUUUUUCUGGGCAUUGUAACCCCAGAGUGUGUGCUGGAUGAAGUAGUGCCUGGUCCCUGGUGUGGCUCUUGUGCACUCGUACUUGGGUAUAAGCCAUGGCCUCAGCAUAUGACUCAACAGUUAACCCUUCCCUUAUCUUCUCUGUCAAAGCCUCCACACUGAAGAAAUCCUGGACUAGAUGGGGUGACUAAAUGUGGCAUCGUUCCCCAAGUCUCAAAUAAAGAGCUGGCAUUUUCA